CUGAACCACGGAUGGGCAGUGAUUUAUGAUUUUGAUAAGAAAGACAGAAAAAUAGUAUUAGAAAUGUGUAUAGUGUACGAUUUUCUAGGGCAGUGUACUUGUAUAAAAUGUGAAAAGCGUCAUUAUAGUAAUUAAGUCACCAUCAUGGAUAACUUUACCGGGUCUAUGGACGAUCCGGUGGCGCAAAGAUGGAAUUCUUCAUCGAUAGACUUCGCAGAAAUAACAAUGGACAGAAACUUUGCCCUGCUGCUGGUGUCGCUUAUAUCUGCGAUACUAUGGAUCGUUUAUAUAACGUACUACAACAGCCGAGUGCUGGGCUACAUCCUGACCAGGCUCAUUAACAAGUUCUAUUUCCAAGACGACAAUUUUAAAAUAGGUUCCUUCACACUAAAUGCUCUGUCGGGUAAGAUAAUGUUUAGAGACAUAGUGUACAUCAACUAUGACUACACACUGCGAAUACAAGAUGGCUACUUGAUAUUCCGAUGGUGGCGGUCUUACGUGCCGAAGGAUGUGUCAGAAGACUUGUCACACUCCGACACUCGGCUGUCAAUUAUGCUAAACGGAUUCGAGUUACACUUCUAUAACCGCUGCGACCUUUACAAUGAACUCGAAAAACUGUUCGGUCUUGAGCCAGUUAUAAAGCAACAGAAUGAUGACGACUACACAGACAGAGACAAAGCUAUGAACGAUGCCAACGAGAAGCGACGCCGGGCGCAGGAGACUGUCCGUUCCGAGGCAGCCAUGGCUCGCACUUGGCGAGACCUCAUCCCUGUCAUAAAAAUCGAUAUCUGCUCUGGAAGAGUAGUUUUCGGAAAUAGAUUAGUCCCCACAACAUUGUCGAUAAGCGUGGAAGAGUCCCACUUAGUAUACAGUACAAAGCCCCCCGCCUCCAGCCUCGACCACCUUAUGCAUUUCGUUAAAGCCAAAGCAGAAAACUGCAAAGUGAUGCUCGCUCCCAGUCCUAACUAUACAUCGAUGGUUGACGAACCGCCGCGGUACAUGGGAGAAGGGUUCGUAGUAAUGAGCUCCAAUUAUAUCGAAGUGUACUUCUACAUGGACGAACCAGGUCUAGUGCCAGAACAACCAGUACUACUGCAGUUAGCCAAUGGAGACAUUGUAGAGUCAGCGCCACCAAUAUGGGGCGUCGAUAUCAAAUGUGGUAAAGGUACAGACUUCAGCUAUGGCCCCUGGGCUGACCGACAAAGAGACCAUCUUUUCAAAUUCUUCUUCCCACCGAACUAUAAAAACUUAGAGGUAACUCCACAGCCAAAGCCUGGUGAUAUUAGACAAACGCAAUCGUUUGACAUAAGACUGUCUACUUUAAAUGAAGCCACUAUUGAUAUUUUAUUCACAAAAAAUAAAGAAACGAAUGCUGUGCAUAUAAAUAUUGGCGCGGGUUCAUACCUCGAAGUAACACUCCCCUGGAUCGUGUUACAAGACGGGUACACGACAAAAAUUACAGGGCAACUGUUACAUUUAGAGGCGACAACAAGUUUGCAAUACAGAAGUUUGGCUGAAAGUGAAACUUUAGAGUACACAGUCAAGUGCCACUAUCCCCUCGUGUGGAACCAUCACCAGUGUUGGCAGUUAAGUCUGACUGGUUGUAAAGCUACGACACAUCUAGUUUACACACACAUAGACUUCUUUCAAGAUCUCAUAAACGAUUGGUCGACAAAAGCUCGUCCCGACAUUUUACACUUUGUACCUUACACCUGGAAAAUAUCCCUGCUACUCAAAGAGUGUGAGGUAGUGACAGUGAGCAACCAAUACAACUGGAUAGACUGCAGUUCUACGAAUCAGGAGAAUAAUCACGUGGCAUUCUGUGGAGAUCUACUCGACGUCUCCUUUGAUCUGCCGUUUGUCGAUUUCUUGCCCGAUGUGAUACCACUGAAGAUCUGGGUCCAAGGUGAAGCUGUCGACAUGAGUCUCUACCUGCCCGAAGUAAACACAUCGAAGUUAUUACUUCUAUCUCUUGAUAAAAAUAUGAAGUUAGUACCCUGUAGGUUAAAAGCCUCCAAAUGGAGAAGAAAAUGCGUUAAGUCGCAAGGUUGGGUGGAUUGUUGGUCUGUUCCUAUUGUCGCUCUGAGCGUUAGAUAUAAUUACCACCCCAUUCCUCCACUUGGCCCUGAACCUCAGGCUGACAUAACAACACCAGAAAAAGAAGAAAUAUUACUAUCGCCAAUGAGAAUACCCAGGAUGAGAAAACAACCUCAAAUCAACUGGGCAUUAGAUGGAAAUAAUUUCGAUAGAACGACAUUACCCCCUGAUAAAGUAAGCGUAGAACUAGAAGUGGGACCUUCUAUCCUACUGGCCUAUGGAACUAUUAUUACUAGUUUUAUGAAUUUACUAGAAAACAUAUUUGGCGAAGACCAAACAUUUACUGACAUGCAGAAAUCUCCAAACGUGGAAACUUUUUACUGGUCCAGUGAAAAUGCAAAAAUGAAUGACAAAAGUAGUGUCAAUCAACAUAAUGAGAUAUCUAUAGAUGACUCUACCGACUCGAGUAAAGGUCCCUUUGACCCCCGACACUACAGACCCUUGGAUGUGACUGUAUCUAUUAUAAUCCACGACAUUCAAGCGCAUUUAGUUAAAAAUUGCAGUGAAAGUGAGCCGCCGUGUCCAGUCAUUCUGAUCGAACGAUUUGGAUUUGAAAUGGACAAAAGCUUUAGGGAGACCAAAUUACAAUUACUAUUGAGUCCUUCAAUAUUAGUAUCUGCAAAUAACUUAUCGAGAUCGAACCCAAUGAAUUCAGGGGCCUUGUAUCAAGGUCACUUGAUGCUCUCUUCUUUCCAACUUCGAGGGAAUGGUUUCUUCAGUGACACGAACAGAAAUGUUGAAGAAGAUACUGUGGAGUACGCCUGGAUGAUGGAGCUUCAACUCGGUCAGUUAACCGGGCGUCUCACAUUGCCCCAAUUGUACCAAAUCAUAUCUUCCUUAGAAACAUUCUUGCUACUUAUUUGUGAUAGCGAAAACGAAUUAGUUCCGCCUAAUCCAGCUAAACAAUGCCACCACGGAGUAAACAAUGUAAUGUGUCAGGAAACAGACCUCACUUUAAAAUACAGAUGCCCAACGGCGAACGAAAUAAAAUACAAGAUGAUACGAGUUGCGAUUGAUCUCAUUGACAUUUACAUCGCAGAUUCGAACACCACACUACAGACAUGGAUAUCACCCGUCAGACUCAGCUUUUGUAAUUUACACGGCUCCGGUUUCGGCACUGGUGUUACUGGUUUAUUGCCAAAUAUAAAAUUAGCUCUCUACACACAAACUAACAUGCAAACAAAUACUCAUCAUCAUUCUAACGGAAGCAACAAUAGCCAGAACAAACCGCCCGAAAGUGACAACUGGGUUGGAGUUGGUUCGGUUGCUUUAGGUCCUCUCUUGAUAGAAGCCGCCUCGUCACUGCCACAAACACCAAAAAAUCUCCACUUAGUUCAACAGAAGUUCUUAAAAUUACACGAUGAUAAAACAAAAAGGCUUUGGUUCUUAUGGCCUGUUGAAGGAAAGAGUUCUCAGUGUGGUUGUACCGGUGGCUGCGCGUUCUUUGGUUCCAAUAGAAAUGGACCUAACUUCUUGAAGCCAAAUCCCAACGACCUAAACGACGGUAUUAACGUGGCCAUGUUUAAUAUCAUAGAAACGACGCCAGGAGAGUACGGAUACGGACAGAGCUUAUUACACUCUGGACAGCUUGUGUUCCAUACACCACCGUAUAAUAGUUUAAACGUCUGUCUCCAGCCAACCAACGUGGCAACAUUAAUACCAUCUCCACUGCCACAGAGCUUAAAUAAGUCUCCUCAAAGUACUGAACGUCGCAGCCUUACUAGAAGGUUCUCAUACACAAGUAUGAGCAAAGGAAGCAACAACCUCUUGGUCUCCAGCACGAAAAGUGAUGUACCCUACGCUCGCUUAGUGGAUUCUUCGGUGCCACUGGGUAGCACUAAGAUUGACAGCGAUUCAAAACUCAACAAGAGUAUAUUGAACGUUCCUCAGAUGGAGAGUAGUGUCUCUGAUUCUAAAUUGGCGCUCAGCUGUGGAGUCAAAGACGCCAAGAAACCGAUUCCGACAGAAGGUGAAACGUUUGCAGUACCAAAAGUACCAAUGAGGAAUGUAGCAGUGUCGGAGUCACACUACUCCUUGAAUUCGCAAGUACCACCCGAAGAUACACUUCCUCAAGAAGUGCAGAGAACUAUGUCUAUAACAAGCGAGAAUCAUUCCGAAGCUUUCUUCUCCGCUGAUGAGGACAUGUUCCCGAGUCGAUCCUCAAGUUUGAAGCAUUCAUUUGGCAGUCGCCACAGUAAUCCCAGAGAUAAAAGUUCGUUCGGCAUCAACGACAUAUCUAACGAAAAGUGGUCCGCGCCUAAAUCGGAGCCAGUAGACAUUCCAGAUACGAUAAGCAAUUUGAGCACUGGCGUCCAACCAGACUCAGAAAGUGGGUCCGUAUCAUCAACAUCCUUCAUUUCCGCAAUCUCUUCACAAGAAGAUAUGACGCUGGUUAAUCUUCACAUGCAGACAAACAAGCCCAUAGUAGAUUCUCCUCUCUUAAUGGCCAGUUACAUGCAUAACUUGCCUCAAUACAAGUGUUCCAACUGGGGCACGUGCUCCUUACCUAGUGGGAGUGAUGUGUUCACGUUGCCUUUAUUUAAAAGGGCUGAUGACGGUACGUUGGUGUACGUCGGACAAAAAUAUCUGCCAAGUUUUGAACCGCUUGGAAAAAUUAACAUCCUCAGAUUGGUAUCAAAGAAAGAUCAUAAUAAUCAAAAUCAGCAUGGACCAUACUCUAACUUGCCUCCACAUUUUAAUUCGCAAGUGAAAGCACAUCCUUAUCCUCAAGGAUGGUGGGACGUGCAGCAAACUGUGCAAGACAGUCAAGAGAACACGACGGAGAAGAGUACUACGUCAACAGUCACUACGACAAGCGACUCCAAGAGCGGUUUGUUUGUGAAACUUCGAGGUGAGAUCGAUAUCAUGUUGACACCUCUAGUCCUGGAAAGUACGCAAAAAUUCGUCGAGUCUCUCACACCAGUGUUAGCGAAUAUACACCCUAUAACUGUGAUAAACCACUUGCGUCUACUUUGCAUAUCAACUGUGUCCAGUGCUAACGUGCUGAAACAAAAGCAGUAUGUCCAGAAUUGGCUCCCACAGAUGCAGGACCGCAGCCAGUCGAACUUGGUAUCAGAUAAGGACGACAAAUGCAAAUUAGCAACGAUACCUCAUUCCAAUGUGUAUGAAGAGAGUAUUUGUGAGUCCUUACAAGCGACGGUGACCAUUCCGAAGGUAAACAUGAUAUUCAUACAGUCUUCGGUGGUGGAGGACAUGAUAUCCUUCUCAGCUUUAGACAACAUACAAGACUUGACCUGCGUAUCAUUGUUUGGAGUAUCUGUUGAGAACAUUAUCGCGAAAUAUGUCAGUACGAGGAAGAACCUGGAGUCUGUGCAGUUGUACUACAGACCGACUCUAAGGGCUUUGGGAAGUAAGAAGUCCUUUGGUAUAAUGAAGGGACCUCGUGCCUUGAUAUCCGCACAGACUUCUGGAAAGAGACGGGGGCCAGAGAGAGGCGAGCCAGUUUACAUUGAGGCUUCACAGCAGCAGUGUGAAGAUACCACCAUUACUUUGAAUGUUGGCAAAGUCCACGGUCAACUUCGCCGCAUUCGCAACGAAUCUUCGCAACUAAAAGACGUAACGAUCACUGGCAUACCGUGCCAACAUUCCAAGGUAUCCUUCAAGUUCAUUCGAGUUGAUUCCUGUGCUAAAGGAUGCGAGUCCAUGUGUUGCCAAAAUGGAACUGCAGCUGAGGGUCAGAAAGAUAAUCCUAUAGGCUUCAUUAUGUUCGAAUGUGGUCUUGAAGGCAUCUCGAUAAAAGUGUCGAAACACUCGCAAUCACACAAGCCGCAGGCACAAGCUGAGGAGAAGAAGCCACUGAGACCAGACAACGAGAGCUGUCGAGAGUCUGUCAAGUCUGCUGAAGAGUCGAAACCUGAUAAAGACAGGAGUACUAAAAGUAGGACCUCAGGGAUUGAAGAUCUGUUCAGAAAGAGGGAUUCUAGUUCUAAGCCUAGCACUCCUAACCUUGGAACUGCCCAACCGCCUCCAGUUCCACCUCCUCCCGAACCUUCAACACCAGGGCCUGAUGAACCGUCGAACAACGACAGUACAGCUACUGUGGUGCCUCUCAAGGACAAUGGGAAUACUUCAUCGUGUGCUAUCGACUUGAAGGUGGUUUGGUUUAAUUUCGCCGCUCCACCGAGGACUCCUAUCACGAAGAAGAUUGACUAUACACGACUGGACUGGAACCUGUUGAGUACAGCGUCCCCAGCAAUCAACGCGUGGAUGAACCCGUGCAACCGGCUGGGUAUCCGCGUGGUGGCCCUGUACCGCGCGUACGCCCGGCGACUGACUGCCACGGCGGCCAGUCUCAUGGCUGCGGCACUGGACCUUGCUCCCCAUCAUACACUGCCCAAGAGUCGCUACGGCCGCCACACGCCGAUGGCCAAACAGUUGCGCGAGGAGCCGUCCCUGCAACUAUGCGCCGUACUGCUGCGGUACGCGCUGCAAGCCGACGCGGCCGCCGUGCAGGCUGACCUGGCUGAACGACAUCUACCGUCGUUGUCCACUUUGAGACAGGGUGUCAUAGUGCUGAGUCGCCAAUGGAAGAACAUACUGUACACGCCGUUGUUACUGGAACAUAACUAUAAGAGCAAAGUGAUGAAGCCACUUAAUGUUACCUUCGCUUUACCUGAUCUACUAGAGGACUCAGUCGAAGGUUGGCAAGAGUAUCCUUUGGAGACUGAAGCGUUGGAUGAGAACUGUCUCCUACUCAACAUGGAUGUCGAUAAAGCCAACGUUCCUGCGGGCGGCGCGGCGGCUAGCCCGCGCCCGCACUCCUUCCCCUCCACGCCGCCCUCCGUGCGGGGAGCCCAAAGCAGUCGAGCGAGCCUCGUGUUCCCUUCACUGCCAUUCUCCACCAGGAAACCAGUCUUCAAUGACGACGCCAUCGCUAUAGACUACGGAACUUUGAAAGAAGACCUGCCUACAGUAGGGUCUAACCCAUCACUAUACUCGCCGCACGGCAGCGAUGAAAACAUCAAGAAUGAUCGCGCCAGGGAAGACUUGUACCAGUGGAUGGCCAAACAGGAACCUAUUAAAGUGGAGCCAAAGAGCAAGAAGCCAAUAAUUCCUCCUUCGAAGAUGAACCCCCGCGCGGUGGCGGCCGCCAUGCCUGCCUGCAGCCUGUACCCGCUGCAGGGGUCCCUGAUGUUGCUGGACGCCCAUCUUGUCUUCCAACCCUUCCUCGCUGCGCUUGGGGUUUCUCCGCAUCAAGUUACUCAAGGAGAAUCAAAGAACAAGAGCGGUUCAGGAGAGGGGGUGAACUCAGGUCCCCCCGCGUUAGACUCACUGGGAUCGAAGCUAUCAUUGGUAGCCUGGAUGGAUAUGUUCCGCAUCGACAUCGUCGUCAGCGACCUCGCUGCCAGGGACCGACGACAUGCUGGGAAGGGGAAGAGUCCUCAAAGUCACGGCGCGAUUCAAUCAGAGACUCCAGCGUUCCUCUGCGAGAAGGUCUCCAUCGACGUGGAUCUGAAGAAGGUGGCAGACGUGGCAGUGGACGACCUCAUACAGCGACAGAAUGUCCUGUAUAUCUCUAGGGGACAGCUCAAGAAGCAUAUCAGUACUAUGCUCAACUUCAAUAUCAGUAUACGGUUUAUAUCGCAACAGGUGAACAUGCCACUCCUCCGCCUACUGCAUCAGAUCAGCAACAUGUACCAGAACGUGAAGGACACGCAGAUAGAACUGCGGACACAGACCAAGAUAUCUCAUCGACAGAAUAAACAUACCUCCUCCUCUGUAUCUGACUUCAGAGAAAACUUAGUAAGCGUAUCGUCUCUAGAAAAAGAGGUUCAAUACGCGACUCUAGAACCGAAGUGGGACCUGAUGGCUCCCACCCUGACUCCCGAGCUGGCUGCAGCAGUGCCGCAGUCCCUCAGCCAACAGAAACUGGCUCAGCCGACUAGGCCACGACCGCAGUCCUUUGCGCAGAAACUUAGAUCUACCGGCAAGAGUGUUAAAGGAAAACUUGGCUACAGCUCACUAAACGAAGGCGCCCACACGCCGAUGUACGCAGCGACCCGUAGUUCCCUGGGUGCGGGCAGCCCGGGCCCCGGCGUGCCCCCCAGCGCGGCCCCCAGUCCAGGCGGGGGUGUCCCCCCCGAGCUCAGUUCCCCCUCAGCGGACGCGGCGGAUGGCAAGCUGGCGCCGCGCUGCUGGAGGACUGUAUACCUACUGCUGGACCUGUACGCUAAUAUGCCUGAUGCAGAGACUAUUACGCACAGGUUCUCAGUAACAACAGACCUCCCAGAGCAGUACCGCCACAGCCGGCCCCAACGACCGAGCUCGCGGGAACAGAACACCAGCAACUCCUCCUCCAGCGCAGCGAACAUGGGCAUGGUCGUCGUCGGAGUCGCUAGGAUCCAUCGCACUCGUCUCCUGGCAUCUCUAUCUGGUCUAAAGCUGGAAGCGGAGAUAACAUCUCUCCAAGCUUCACUAUCAGCGUCGCGAUCACGCCAGUGGUCACUCACUGGUAACCUGGGAAGGACCAUGAUUGUGCUGCUAGAAGGAGUCGCUCCUAACCAUCAGACGGUGGUCCGUGUGAGCGUGGGCAAGUCCCAGGCGCUGUACGGCUGGGAGGCGGGCAGGCCUGGCGCCACCGCCCUGCUCAGCGUGGGGGGCGUCCGGGUCGACCUGCCCCAGCACCCCGUGGCUCUGCAUGGGGUCAUGACGCGCUCUAGUCGACAGCUGUCUUCUACGCUGCAGGAACUAGGUGUAACCCGUACAUCAUCUCGUCUCUCCCGGACGGGUCCCAGUGGUCCAUCCUCAGGUCCGACGGGUACUAGUGGUGGGGCCGGUGGGUCAGGGUCGUCAUCCGAGGGCUCCCCAGCCCCCGCCCCUGCGCAUCCUCUGCUAAACCCACUGCAUCUACAUUUCUCUAUUGUUUUACAAAGCCUGAGUGUGACGGCGGCCCUCCUGCCGUCCCUGCAGGCGCAGUACAAGAUGGAGCAAGUACAGAGUUCUGGCGUCACCGGCAACAAGGCGCAGUUCACUGUCGACCUGCAACAACAUUCGCUCAGCUUCGUCACUAAGCUGCAGAUGGCGGAGGUGGGCGCGGCGUCGCUGCCGGCGGAGGCGGCGGUGUGGCUGCCGGGCGUGCACGUGGCGGGGCGCGUGCUGGAGCAGCGCGGGGCGGCGCGCCGCGGCGGCGCCGUGCUGCGCGCCGGACGGUACGUCGCCGCCUCCGCAGACAUCGGCCUCUUCGAGCACACGCUCUCCACCGACCUGCUCAACCAUCUCGUCUUCGUGCAGAAGGUCUUCAUGAAGGAAGUGAACGAGGUAGUUCAGAAAGUGUACGGCGGUGAGAAGCCAGUACCCCUGUGGAACGAAGAAGAAGCAUCCACGUCAGCUCUCAGCAGGAUUCUAUUCUCACUUACUAUUAGAAUAAAGCGUAUACAACUAACAGCGACGACUCCAAGUAACUCAGCAGUGCGACUGGAGACAGGUGCUGUAGAGUUCGAGAUAUCGAACCGUGUACAGAACGUACAACAACCCACUGAGCCACAUGAAGUACGAAUGUUUGCUAGAGCGCAGGUUGACGUCAAUCUCAGCUUAGGACAAUUAAUCAGAAAUGCAAUGUUCGAAGAAGCAGAAGCAGAGUUCCAACAAUAUGCUUUCUUCAAUACUAGGAUAUCGAUGCGCAACGCUUUCCAAGACGAGAUGGUAUGCGGCGAUGACAAAGAAGUGGUACUGAUCAAUUUAAAACGACCUCUGAUAUACAUACAACCGGUCGCAGUAGAUAAAGCUAUACUUGUAUGGCUAAACUAUAAGAAUGCGUAUGAGUACUGGAAUGAGAAGAGACUCAAUCUUAAUAAAGAAGUUUUGACGGCUACUCAACAAGUUUUUGAGAAGGUACAACUGACGUCACAGAUCACCACGCCGCAUCUGAGUACAUUGUUUUUGCAACUAAAUGUAGAUGAUAUUGGAAUAUGUUUGCCGCUAAAUCAACCGCCUAUGGCUCGCUGGGGCUUAGGUCGUGGUGCGUGGGGCGCGUGGUGCGGGGAGGGCGAAGCUCGCGGUGCUGUAGUAGUGACCUUAGAGUCCACACACAUCGGGGCGUGUUCCUCCGGGGCUCUGGUCUCCAAGGGCCGCUUCGUAGGCCUCUGUCUCCGCUUCGCAGACGACUUUGAAGCCUCAUUAGAUGAUUGGAAACCUCGAGCUGAUGAACCAAGCCUCAACGUCUGCUGUGUCUCUGAAGGGACUUACGAAGUCUGCAGCAGGACUACCGCUGCUAAACAUAAUGAAAACGCCAAAUGGUUCCUAAACGUGUCUUGGCAAAUGGAAGGUGUAGACAUACAUCUGGAUGUCAAUGUCGGCAAACAACUGUCUGCUUUAGGACACACUCUCACCAUGUUAACAGGAUACGAAGAGGAAGAUCCCCUGAAAAUGGAUUACGAAAGUGAUCUAGACGAUGAAGCUGAUAACAGUAAGGACUCUCAGGAGAGUAUAAUCCUCCGUCGUAAGUACACAGACCACCUGCCAGCAUUUGUCUUCGACACAAGUAUCGACGCUAAGAAGAGGUCCAAACUCAUUGAGAAAGAGAUGAAUGAACAAGCCAAGAUUAUCAACGACCUUCGCACUUUGGGAGCCAGUCAUACUACUAUUGAGUAUGAAAUGAAGAGGCUUCAUGACUUGGAGGCACUUGUGUUUAAGGAUUUUAGACGAGAUAUGAUUCAGAAGCUCCGUCGUCAAAGCGUGCGUGCCAGUUCCAUCACGAAGGGUAAAUUGGGAUUAGGUUCCAACAGGAGCAAGUCCUUCGUGGUACCCUCACCACCACAGGAGAGGAAAGACUUCGAAGGUGCUAUAGAACCGAACCUGACCAUGUCCCCGGGUGUGGGAGACUCCGGCGAGACCUUACUGUUAGGAGACGAGGACAACAGACUGGCCGACAUCAUUGAAGGGGGCAGCUGGAGCUCUAUGGAGAGUGAACCGCUUACUGGUCCGUCCCGCUCGGCGUCCCUGCGCGGGCCGCGCGGGGCGGGCGCGCGCGGCCCGGCGCCGGCCGGCGUGCAGCGACAGAGCUCGCUGCCCGCGCAGCCCGACCACUGGCCCGACGACCUGCACGGGGUCGAGCUCAGGAGGAAACCUGACAUCAACGUCCAGCAAUCAGAAGGCCUGAGCUCCGAAGGUAAGGCGAAUAAGGCGAAGACUGCGGAGCCCAACAUAGACUUCGAGCUGGACGUCAAGGUCUACAUCAACAGUGGGAAGUGCGUGCUGCACACCAAGGAGCCCAGCAAGGACGAUGAUAGUAUCAAGAUUGGCCGCAUGCGCGUAGGUCGCUCAGCAUCAGGCGGGCUAGCAGAGGGCGCGGCGGGGGUGGCAGGGGGGAGUAGCUCCCCCCCAGGGGCACGGCGGAAAGCUGCGCAUGCUAGACAUGUACCUGUACUAGAUCUCACCGUGUUCCGUGUGCCCGGACUGGACCUAAAGGUCCACUAUGAAUCUAAAACGCUACCAGAAGAAGCGACAUCCCCUCAAACGAUUCCCCCUCUCCCCUCCCUGAACGUGGGUCCCCGUAAGGUGGGCAUCAAGAAGGCGGCGUUGUUUGCCUGGAUCACGCUGCAGAGCAUUCCUGAGGAGACCAUCAUCAGUCCACAUAUACUGGAGUUCCUGGAACAGACCCUCGAACCUAUACCGACCAAAGCGUCUUUCUCUACUCCUACACCCGAAGCAGAGAGCGGGUCCCGGUCGCGGUCUGCGGAGGGCGCGUCGUACGGGCAGUACGUGUACGCGUCGUUCCCCGUGGACGUCAUCGUCCACUUCCACAUGCAGCCCAGCACCUUCCGCUUCAGCUGCCUGCCCGCCUCGCGCGUCGAGUGUCUGCUGCAACUGCCCAGUCUGCAGAUUGUCUUCAGCUCCAAGCGGGCUAGUGAUGAGGAAAUGGCGGAACCAGCGGUAGCAAUGGGCGGGCUAAGCGUAACAGGAUGCUUAGCAGACUUCUCAGUGAAUAUGUUCCAUCCGUACGGAGGGAAGAAGUCCAGCCUCAAAGAGGCACAAUGGUCUCCCCUCUCUGACACCGAACGCAAGGACUCUCUCAGCAUCAACGUCGAGUUUGUCAAGUUCCACCUCUCCAGGUCCAGGAAAUUGGACUUCCAAACUGAUCAGGAUCAGUCUAAAGCUACUGUUAGGUUCUCAACGAUCGUGGACGUCGGCUCAGCAUGGUUCAAGUAUGACAUGCGUCGACUGGGCGAGAUCUUGGCCUUCCCUAAAGCGUGGUACAGACGUACCAUAGUUAGACGUAUGUUCCUCGGUGACCUUAGUCUACACGACACUAGGGAUCAUGGUAGACCAUCAAGUAGUAACGCUCCUGUAUCUCCCGUUCUACCUCAGAGAGAGAAAACUAAGACUGUUGAUCUUCAGAAGUCCAAAGACAGCACCAAGGCCGGUGUAGUGGGUGCGGGCUCGGUGGGCGCGGCCUGGGAGACGCUCGUACUGUUCGCCGUCAACUUCACGCGACUCAACGUGCAUAUGAACAUGGGGAACGUUAUGGGGAAUGUCAGUUGGCAGAGCCGUGACUUCAACUGCACAGGCCGACUGAGUAUCGGCAGUACGGGGCACCGCAACAUGUUGGUGGGGGUCGCUUUAGCUGGCUCCGAACUGGAUGCUAGGGGGGGCAUCGUGGGGGGAGCCAUCUGUUUGUCCUCUAUUGAUACUUACGUACUUGUAGACGAGAUCUGGAUUGAGGCGGAUGAAGUAGCCGCUUUAGUACGUAAUCUGGAUCCAGCGAAGGGUGCUGGCCCUGAUGAAAUAUCGCCUAAAUUGCUUAUAAAAUGCGCACCUUCCAUUGCCACACCUAUCUCCAUACUGUUUUCUAAAUCGUUGACUCAAGAUUACAGCAAGGCGUUUGACCGGAUUGACCACGAUAUCCUGUUACAGAAGCUUAUUGACACAGGCAUCAGCGGCGACCUCUUGAGGUGGUUCGCUUCAUACAUCGACAAUAGGUCACAAGCAGUAGUACUCAAUAACUACAUUUCUAGCUGGUCACUUACACUAGAAAGCGGCCUUCCACUACACUACUUCACUAUACAUGGCACGCCCGUACUGCUGGCGCGCGCCCGCACCCGCCCACCUCCAGGUACCUUCCACUACACUACUUCACUAUACAUGGCACGCCCGUACUGCUGGCGCGCGCCCGCACCCGCCCACCUCCAGGUACCUUCCACUACACUACUUCACUAUACAUGGCACGCCCGUACUGCUGGCGCGCGCCCGCACCCGCCCACCUCCAGGUACCUUCCACUACACUACUUCACUAUACAUGGCACGCCCGUACUGCUGGCGCGCGCCCGCACCCGCCCACCUCCAGGUACCUUCCACUACACUACUUCACUAUACAUGGCACGCCCGUACUGCUGGCGCGCGCCCGCACCCGCCCACCUCCAGGUACCUUCCACUACACUACUUCACUAUACAUGGCACGCCCGUACUGCUGGCGCGCGCCCGCACCCGCCCACCUCCAGGUACCUUCCACUACACUACUUCACUAUACAUGGCACGCCCGUACUGCUGGCGCGCGCCCGCACCCGCCCACCUCCAGGUACCUUCCACUACACUACUUCACUAUACAUGGCACGCCCGUACUGCUGGCGCGCGCCCGCACCCGCCCACCUCCAGGUACCUUCCACUACACUACUUCACUAUACAUGGCACGCCCGUACUGCUGGCGCGCGCCCGCACCCGCCCACCUCCAGGUACCUUCCACUACACUACUUCACUAUACAUGGCACGCCCGUACUGCUGGCGCGCGCCCGCACCCGCCCACCUCCAGGUACCUUCCACUACACUACUUCACUAUACAUGGCACGCCCGUACUGCUGGCGCGCGCCCGCACCCGCCCACCUCCAGGUACCUUCCACUACACUACUUCACUAUACAUGGCACGCCCGUACUGCUGGCGCGCGCCCGCACCCGCCCACCUCCAGGUACCUUCCACUACACUACUUCACUAUACAUGGCACGCCCGUACUGCUGGCGCGCGCCCGCACCCGCCCACCUCCAGGUACCUUCCACUACACUACUUCACUAUACAUGGCACGCCCGUACUGCUGGCGCGCGCCCGCACCCGCCCACCUCCAGGUACCUUCCACUACACUACUUCACUAUACAUGGCACGCCCGUACUGCUGGCGCGCGCCCGCACCCGCCCACCUCCAGGUACCUUCCACUACACUACUUCACUAUACAUGGCACGCCCGUACUGCUGGCGCGCGCCCGCACCCGCCCACCUCCAGGUACCUUCCACUACACUACUUCACUAUACAUGGCACGCCCGUACUGCUGGCGCGCGCCCGCACCCGCCCACCUCCAGGUACCUUCCACUACACUACUUCACUAUACAUGGCACGCCCGUACUGCUGGCGCGCGCCCGCACCCGCCCACCUCCAGGUACCUUCCACUACACUACUUCACUAUACAUGGCACGCCCGUACUGCUGGCGCGCGCCCGCACCCGCCCACCUCCAGGUACCUUCCACUACACUACUUCACUAUACAUGGCACGCCCGUACUGCUGGCGCGCGCCCGCACCCGCCCACCUCCAGGUACCUUCCACUACACUACUUCACUAUACAUGGCACGCCCGUACUGCUGGCGCGCGCCCGCACCCGCCCACCUCCAGGUACCUUCCACUACACUACUUCACUAUACAUGGCACGCCCGUACUGCUGGCGCGCGCCCGCACCCGCCCACCUCCAGGUACCUUCCACUACACUACUUCACUAUACAUGGCACGCCCGUACUGCUGGCGCGCGCCCGCACCCGCCCACCUCCAGGUACCUUCCACUACACUACUUCACUAUACAUGGCACGCCCGUACUGCUGGCGCGCGCCCGCACCCGCCCACCUCCAGGUACCUUCCACUACACUACUUCACUAUACAUGGCACGCCCGUACUGCUGGCGCGCGCCCGCACCCGCCCACCUCCAGGUACCUUCCACUACACUACUUCACUAUACAUGGCACGCCCGUACUGCUGGCGCGCGCCCGCACCCGCCCACCUCCAGGUACCUUCCACUACACUACUUCACUAUACAUGGCACGCCCGUACUGCUGGCGCGCGCCCGCACCCGCCCACCUCCAGACCGGCAAUUAUCCUGACUCAUGGGAAACUGAGUUGGCAUCAGCUACAAAUCCUUAUGUCCCGAAGCACUACGCCAGAUCUCCUGAAGAUGCAGCUGAAACUUGAAGAGUUCUUCACGCAACAGUUCAAGUCGAGCAAGCGAGUGUUCAGCUCUUUACAUCCGAAUUAUACUAAUGCGAGACGUGAUAGACGUGAACCGCCCCCGGCGGCGGGCGGCGCGGAGGGCGGUGCGGGCGGUGCGGGCGGGGCGGGCGGUACGGGCGCGGGGCAGACGGAGCUGCGGCACCACCGCCACUGGCAGAAGGUGCUGCAGCUGGUCUCCGGCAUGCAGCUGUCGACGCUCUCCACCCCCCUGCCUGCCAAUGGCACUGUACUAGGCGGUACGAUGGAGUUGCACGGCACCAACAUAUCCCUGGCUUGCUUCCACGGGAACAGCUUCAAGGCCAAGUCCUGGGCACUGUUCAGUCUCAAGGACCCGAGUAUCAGCUUCGCCACUGAGGCUCAGCAGGUCGCCAGUGAGGACGGUCCGCUGGAGGUGCACGUGGUGCAGAGCCUGACGGCCAGCCUGGGCGCGGGCGCGGGCGGCGCGGGCGCGGCGGCGCGCGCGCACCUGUCCAUGGCCACGGUCUGCCGCAUGACGCGCGCCAUGCUCUUCCCGCCGCAGUUCAAGACGCUGCGGGAGUGGUUCCACUACGCAUUCGCCAACAGUGAGAUUGACGCAAUCGAGUUAUUCCCAUCCCUGGAGCGCGAGCCCGCCCCUGCCCCCGGGGGCGCGGGCCCGGCGGCGGAGCGCAAGCCGGCCGCGGACAAACACGUCCGGGAAGUUAUCUUCGCACUGCCAUCGCUACAACUACAUCUACGGACACAUCAUCUACAGGCCAAUACACCGCCCACUGAGACUGAUGAGAAACCAGUAGUAGAAUGCAGCUUCAUCACGGAGUUUGAGGACCAUAUCUUCGUGUCAGUGGACGCGGAGGCGUUCCUGUUCUUACACGAUCUUAUAUCGUCUUAUAUCAAGGAGAAGGAUAGAGUGAUGGCGGGUGGGCGCGGCGCCUGGGCGGAGGGCGCGGGCGCGGGGCCCGGCGCGGCCGCGGGGCCCGGUGCGGCCGCGGGGCCCGGCGCGCGCCUGCGACCCGAGGACUACCGGGACUACCGCUGCGUCACCUGGCAUCUGGAGCCCACCGUGCGACUAUUAUCCUGGGCUGGGAAGUCCAUCGAGCCAUAUGGAGUGGACUACAUCCUACAGAAACUAGGCUUCAGCCACGCUCGCACCACCAUACCCAAGUGGUUACAGAGAGGGACGCUCGACCCGCUCGACAAACUGCUCUCACUUGUACUACUGCGUCUCGUCGCCAUCGUGCCGCACAAGUGAUACUAAACUCUACACCCAGAGCACACGACUCAUAUUACAACAACCAACGGUAACGAUAUCAAGGUACUGAUAUUAUUUUAAAUCAUUAAUUUGGAACACGAAUAUGAUUGGACAGGAUGUCACAUUGACCUAAACGUGGUUUUAGAAUAUUGACAGAAACCGACAAUCGAGCGAUUUAUUGAACGAAUUACUAGCGUAAAAGAAAAAGCGCUUUAGGCUUGAAAAACCUAGGGCUGACGAAAUUCACUAACAAUAACAAAUUGUCCGAAGAAUACAGUUUUAUACAUAAUUCGACAAUCAAAACAUUCCUAAAGUUAGAAAGGACUCUAAUCGAAACAUAAGGUUGAAUAUUGAAUGAAUUAGUUUGAGGUUGAGGGAUCGAAAACAAAAAUAGUAAUACGGUAACGAUGAUGGCCUUCAGUGUGUAUUUCUAGUAUAAAUGUAGAGGAUUACAGUUUUUACUACGCGUAUUCUUACAAAAUAUAAAAAUUAGUCGAAAUUUAAACAAAGAGUAUAUUAUUCUUCGAUGUAUAGUAGAUAAUUUGUGGGGAGUUUAAAAACUCGCGGCUGAAUGAAUAUGGGUAAGAAUGAGAUUAUUUUUAUUAUUAUACUAUAGUGAAUCAACCGGUCAUCAGUAGUAACAUUUUAAGUACGAAAACGCUGUCCAUUAUAAUCUUUAAUACCAAAGCAAUAAGGGUCAUUUUCCCUGUUUUUUUGUUAAUACUGAUGUGCGGUUGUAAAAGCAAUGAUAUUAAUCUAUUCAGAGAUUUUGGCUGCCUAGUAAAUGUUCGACACUGCUUACUGAAGUAGCUAGGAUAAUUUUUCAUAAGAAAAGUAAUGAAAUCUAGAAAUUUUUGAUAAUAAAAUUACAUCUGUAGCAUUCCCUUUAACUUAUAAAAUUGAAAAACUUAAAAUGAAGUACAAUAAUGUGAAAUAAACUGCCACGGUAAAUGUCCUAUAUUCGUUUGUUAACAUUUGUAUAGUUAGCGAAAUUGUUUAUUAUAAAAAGAAUGGAAGAAAUUAUCAUUUUUGUCUAAAUAAAACUAUAUCAGUCACAAGUUUUUAACUCAAAAUACACAGUUUUUUUAACAAAGUAAUACUAAGUGAGCGAAAUGUCUUUGAUAGCGCUGCAUACGUCCAUAACUUUCCUUUAGAUAUAAUUUGCGACCAAAUCAUGUUUCCAUCGCAUUUUAGUUAUUUUAGAAGGUGGGUAUAUUCUGUGAUUAUUGUGAAUGCAGUUAGUAUAAGUUCGGUGGCUUGUAUAACGCCUCCGUUUUAUAUAGGAUCGGUAGCGCCAUUAGCGUACCUGAAUCAUUUUUUAUUUGUUGAUUUGUAAGCUCCUCCUACAUUGUGUUUUAAGAUGGUUACCUGGUAAAUGUGUCGAUUGUACUUUACUUAGUGGGAAGACUGCAAUAAUGAAAUUGCUGAUUUUACAAUUCAGAAUAAUUAGGUAUUUAUUAUUUAUUAUUAUCUGAAAAGUAUUGCAGGUUCGAAAUGUGACAAAGAGAUUUUGUGCAAUAGUCUUAAAGAUAUGUCCCAGUAAUUCACAAUUUAUUUGAAAGUAGAUUUUCAUAUAUAUUUUUGUACCAAAUUCUUACAAAUUAUAGCGUAGUCAUAACAGUUUACUAGCAAACAAUCAAUACAUUUUCCAAGGAAACAAAUAGGACACAAUAUCAUAUAAUUAUAGUUUUUUUAUCCUCAUACAUGUUAUAUAUUACGAUCUUAAGUUCUUAUAUAAAUGAUUUAUGUUAAAAUAUAUAAUUUCUAAGUGUAAUUAUCAGAAUUAUUUUUAUGAAUUCAGACAAAA